UGCUCUCGACUAAUUGCCGAGGUCGAUCAAAGGUCCAAAUCGGUCGAGUGAAAGGCGCGAUUGAUUUAAAGUAAAAUCCUCAUGAAUCUUUUAACACGUUGUUCACUAUUCAUCCUUAUCAUUCCAUAUGGUAACAAUAAUAAAAAUCCAAAUCGCCUUUUUUUCUAUUUAUUAUACAAUAGUUCUGUAUACGAAUUCUAUUCAAUCAGUUGCUACCUUGUGGGUGUCUUUUAACGCAGCAAGAAAUUAUCUAACGAGAAAUGAGAAGAAUUCUCGAAUUCUAGGAAGACCCUACGAGGUAUCUUUGCAAUACAUCAGAAGGAAUCUUCACUUUUGUGCUGGUUGUGUACUUAAUGAAAAGUGGGUCGUAACGGCGGCGCACUGUGUGGACAAACUGAUCGAUACACCGUCAAAGAUAAAGGUGAUUGCUGGAACAUUCGAUCUCGAAAUUCCGCGAAGCGCGCAUUACGUGAACAAAAUAAUUGUCCACGAGGAUUACAAUGCUAACGAUUCGUGGAAGAACGAUAUAGCUUUGCUGGAAGUAAUAAAGAAAUUCCGUCAUGUACGCAAUAUCGUCCCCAUAAAAUUGCCAAAGAAAAAUAUAAAAAUUCACAAUGGCGAUCUCGCAGUAGUAUCCGGAUGGUCCCGUAUGUUGCAGAAUUCAAGGAAACUCGAACGUCUCGAGGUGGAAAUGAUUUCGAGGGAAGAAUGCGCGAGAGCCUACGGAGUCUUCGGUUUAUCAAUCCAUGAGAGUCAGAUCUGCGCCGACGUACCCGACGGUGCUACCGGUUCGUGUAACGGUGAUUCCGGUGGACCAUUAACGUUACGAGAUGAGCUCAUCGGGCUCGUAUCCUGGUCCUACGGCUGUGGCAACAAGGACUUCCCUACUGUCUACAUCAGAGUUUCGAAAUAUCUUGGUUGGAUCUCGGCCAAUGCCCUUACGAUCGAUAGUUAACCCUUUCUCUGUUGGGAUUCUGUUCACGUCAACCUCCACUGAGUCUAUGCUGCCUGCCUCCACCUGCUCUUCUGCCUGCAAUUUCAUUUAUCUUCAGCAUAAAUGCGCCCACUUGAUUUAUCCCUUCCGAGUAUUACAUUGCUGACAUAAUAUUUCAACGUGCGAUUCCAAGUCAAUGCAUUGGACUACUUGUUUGAUGAUCAAAGUAAUUCGUAGGAACGAAGUACCUGACUGGAAUUGCGCUCACGCAGAUGAUUAAAGAUUGGGUCAGGGUUCAAUUCCAAUCUAGCUGCGUAGGUCAAGGCAUUAUUGAAUAAUGGAAAUCUUUGUUAAAAUAAUUAAUGAUAUAAUAAGUGGAAUUGUGUCGUGAGCAACUCUGUUGCAAUAGUGACCCUAUUUGUUAAUCAGGAGAGAAUCAUAGUCACUUAACAUUUUUUUGUUUAGCUUCAUACCUCUAGUAACAUGUUGAAUUGAAAUAAAUUUCCAACCCAGUGGUUGC